ACGUUCGUAGUUGCUCGAAAGGAGACAACACCGGAAGAACACCUCUCUCGGCCCUCAAACUCUCAGUCCCUGCAACUCUGAUGUUGUUGUUCAUUGCCCCACUUCAACAAUUUUGUUUACAUCUCUUUCAAAUUUCAUUUUUCCUCUUUUUGAAAAUCUUUUUAUGAGUCAGUGAUUCCAAUUUUAUAAAAAAAAAGUGGGUUUUUUCCCAAUUGACAUUAGCAGGGUUUAAGAUUACUCCAUUGAUUACUACUUAAUGACGGGAAUGGACGGAACUAUCGAGCAAAUUCUACAAGAAUGCAAUCUUUAUCGCCAUGUUAAUUCCUUAAUCGUUGCUCAUCUUCGCGAUAAUAAUCUCAAUCAGGCUGCCAGAACAGUUGCUUCUGCUACCAUGACCCCAUUAAAUGUUGAAGUACUUCCAAAUCGACUUCUUGAUCUAGUCUCUAAGGGUCUUGCGGUGGAGAAAGGUGAACCUGUAAAAGGGGUUUCAUCCACAUUAUUUGAUUCUAAUUCUUCGGUACCUGCAACUUAUGGGUCAAUCCCAAUUCCUCGAACUGCCACCAUUGAUUUCAGUGCCUCACUGGAUGUGAAGGUUGCAUCUAAGAGUUUCCCUGAGCAUGAGACAAGGCAUGUCUCUGAGCAUAAGAAUGCUGCAAGAUGCGCAAGAUUUAGCCCCGACGGAAGAUAUGUAGCAACAGGAAGUGCAGACACAUCCAUUAAGCUCUUUGAGGUUGCCAAAUUAAAGCAAAUGAUACAACCGGAUGUCAAAGAUGGGCCUAUUCGUCCGGUCAUACGGACAUUCUAUGAUCAUAUACAACCAAUUAAUGAUUUGGAUUUUCAUUCACAAAAUACUAUAUUAAUUUCUGGCGCCAAAGACCAUACAAUAAAGUUUUUUGAUUUUUCUAAAACAACAGCAAAAAGAGCAUUCAGAGUUAUUCAGGAUACACAUAAUGUUCGUUCUGUAUCAUUUCAUCCCUCUGGGAAUUAUCUUAUGGCUGGGACGGAUCAUCAAAUUCCACAUUUGUAUGAUAUCAACACGUUCAAGUGCUAUUUGUCAGCUUAUGCUGAUGAUAUUGCUGCCAAUGCUGCCAUAAAUCAGAUUAGGUAUUCUUCAACUGGCGGCAUGUAUGUUACAGCAUCCAAAGAUGGAGCUGUUCGAUUAUGGGAUGGUGUCAGUGCCAAAUGUGUGCGACUCAUAUCAGGUGCGCAUGGAACUGAGAGCACAAGUGCAAACUUCACCAAGGACAACAGAUAUAUUCUCUCGUGCGGCAAGGAUUCAACUGUAAAGCUCUGGGAGGUUGGCACUGGAAGAUUGGUAAAGCAGUAUGUUGGGGCUACACACACACACUUGCGAUGCCAGGCUGUUUUUAGUUACACAGAGGAGUUCAUAUUGUCCAUUGAUGAACUGAGGAAUGAGAUUGUAGUUUGGGAUGCACUAAGUGCAACAGAAGCAACCCGGCUACGGUCAAAUCACACCGGGCCUCCUCGGUGGAUAGAACACUCGCCUGUUGAGGCAGCAUUCGCAUCUUGUGGAAGCGAUCGAUCUGUUAGAUUCUGGAAAGAAGUUAUCUAGAGUAGCGUUUUGCUCAACAUUCCCUUGUUCGUGCGUUAUGCUUUACCAAUACCAUGAUCCAUUCUAGUGUUACAUUUAAUGUUAUUAGGACAAAUAAUGCCUUUCUAUCAAGUAAAUUGUACUAUUUUUUUGCAUUAAUUAACAAGUUAACAUCCGAAACUCUUUUCAUUAGAAAAAUCAGCUUCAGGUGUUUCAUUGCAUUUUUUUAGUUCCUCUUAUAAAUUUUGUUAUACUUUUUAAGGUAUGAUCUACACGCUCUUUCAUUCUAUCUAAGCAUUUUAUUCACACA